CAGACCGAGUCUGUAAAAUGGCAGCUAAAGUUUUGAUUCCUGAGGACGAUCUCUGUUGCUCUAUAUGUUGUGAUAUUUUUAAAGAGGCCGUUGUACUGAAAUGCAGCCACAGCUUCUGCAGAGAGUGUGUGCAGCAGUACUGGGAAGAGAAGAGCUCUCGAGAGUGUCCCAUCUGCAGGAGAAAGGCCUCUAUGCGGGAACCUCCAGCAAACCUGGCUUUAAGAAACAUUGUGGAGUCCUAUUUGAAGCAGAAGACUGAGAGAGAAACUACAGACAAGAGAGGUGCUCACUGCAGUCUUCAUGGGGAGAAACUUUUAUUAUUCUGCAAACAUGACCAAGAGCCUCUCUGUCUUGUCUGUCAGACUUCAAAAAAACACAAAGACCACCCGGUCUGUCCAGUGGAAGAGGCUGUACUGGACCUGAAGGAGGAAAUCAAGCCUGCACUUAAUCUUAUUCAAGAAAAACUAAAGAGGUUUACUGAGGCUGAACAAGAAUGUGAGAAAACAGCAAAACACAUCAGGAGUCAAGCCCAGCACACAGAGAGGCAGAUAAAGGCAGAGUUUGAGAAGCUCCACCAGUUCCUACGAGAGGAAGAGGAGGCCAGACUAGCUGCACUGAGGGAGGAAGAGGAGCAGAAGAGUCGGAUCAUGAAUGAGAAAAUAAAAAACAUCACAAGACACAUCUCCACCCUUACAGACAAAAUCACAGCUAUAGAGAAGGCAAUGGGCACUGAAGACACCUCCUUUUUAAAGAGCUACAAGAGCAUUAAGGAAAGAGCCCAGUGCGCACUGCAGGAUCCAGAGCUGCUCUCAGGGGCUCUGAUAGAUCUGGCCAAACACCUGGGAAACCUGAAGUUCAGAGUCUGGGAGAAGAUGCUGGGGGUGGUGCAGUACACUCCUGUGGUGCUGGAUCCCAACACUGCAGCUCCCUGGCUCUCUCUCUCUGAUGAUCUGACCACUGUGAGACACACAGGUACAGGCCAGAAAUAUCCUGACAACCCAGAGAGGUUUAAACUCUAUGUGAAUGUGCUGGGAUCUGAGGGGUUUACCUCAGGGAAACACAGCUGGGAGGUGAAGGUGGGGAAUAAACCUAAGUGGAAUAUAGGAGUGGUGAAUGAGUCCAUCAGUAGGAAGGGAGAGAUGACAGCCAGCCCAGAGAAAGGAUUCUGGGUCUUAACGCUGAGGAAUGGUGAUAAGUACAGAGCAGGUGGAGCUGCUGACCUCACACUGAAGAGGAAGCCCCAGAGCAUCAGAGUGCAGCUGGACUAUGACAUGGGGGAGGUGUCCUUCUUCGACUCCAGUGACAUGUCACUCAUCUACACUUUUAAAGACACAUUUACUGAGAGAGUGUUCCCAUUCUUCUCUCCCUGUGUGAAAAAAGAUAAGAAUGAAGGACCCCUGCAGAUAUGCCCAGUGAAAGUUUCUGUAACAGUUAUGUCAUCCCAUUGAAGGUGUUUUAAAAAAAAGAACAAACUACAUGUACUGGAAGAGUAUUAUAGAGGAAAUCCAUAUUCCUCUAUAACUAUUAUGUUCCUCUGUAAUGAUUCUAGUUUUUUCAUUUUAAUUUUCUUUUCAUCAUUGAUAAUUUAGUUGAGAUUUAUCAUUUUUUGAUAAUGUACAUAUACAGGUAGUAUCUUCUGGGUUUUGUUUUGUACCAAAUCAUUAGACAAAAUUAUUUCAUAUAAUUUUUGCUCAUAAAGUAGAUGUGCACCUGUAGUGUAGUCAAAUACCUUUAUAUUUGAUUAAAGUCAUUCCUGUCUAGCUGGGUUUGUAAGGUAGUGUAGAAGCUUGAAAUGUGUGAGUAUAGUGAGUGUUCGUUAGUUUGAUUCCAUCAGUCCUCCUGUGUUCUUUUCAGAUUUUACUUUGCAAUUCACCCUGUCAGUACAAUGCUGUAGGAUUUACUGUACAUCUGGGCCUUAAGUAGCCUCACCUUCAAACUUCAACCAUGAUUAAAUAAUUGCCAUUGGCAAAUAAUCACAAA